UGUGGCAGCAUGGUAGGUGUAUGUAGGUGUUCUGUGCUGUAGCAGCGGUCGCAUGCUCUUCGUUCCUUCGACAUGAGGGACCUGCGGAGGCAGCGAUGUUCAGUCGUUGGAUGCAGACCGAGUGACUGGACAACGGAGCCGCGUCGGCACCAAGUGCCUCGCGGUGGGGCUCUACGCACUGCGUGGCUGGAGAGAAUCGGCUAUCCGGUGACGCACAACGGGAACCUGUACGUUUGUGGUCGACACUUCGCUCCCGAAGAUUACACCAUUUACCUUCGGCGGGUGGAGUCGAUAAACUUCAAAUCAAUGCUGAGGCAUAAAGCUGUGCCGACGCUUCACCUCCCCGUUCUUUCUCUGGUGCAUCUGUGGGACAGUCUUCAUCGGUGUCUGUACGAGGUCGACUGCAUUCCUGCCAAAAGUGCACCUAUGCGACACGUCUUAAGUCACAUAUGACCAGACCAAACACCUUCGGACACACAUGCGUGAACGCCCUUUGCAGGGCCACUUGAGCUCUGAUGCAUUCACUGAGGAGUCCAAGCUGGUGGCUCACGUGCGCGCUCACUCAGGAGGGCCUUUGUUUUUCGUG